UUUUCUGUUCGGCGUGGGCUCUCCCAGGACAGCGAGGUGACAACCACGUGCCAACUGCUGCUGCCGCGCGCUGAGACCCCACCGACACAGGGGCUGCGGUCGGUCGUGCUGCUGGGCUUUUCCUCCCCCCGAAGGUCUCCGGUGAUGCGGUGAAGACCCGCAGCUCAGACGCACCUUUUUUUUGUUUUUCCUGGCUGUGAAAGGUUAUAACUGAGUAGCCCUUAUGACCAACAUGAGCUGGAGCUUCCUAACCCGCCUGCUAGAAGAGAUUCACAACCACUCCACCUUCGUGGGGAAGGUCUGGCUCACUGUGCUCAUCGUCUUCCGCAUUGUCUUGACAGCGGUGGGGGGGGAGUCCAUCUACUCCGAUGAGCAGAGCAAGUUCACCUGCAACACCAAGCAGCCCGGCUGCGACAACGUCUGUUACGAUGCCUUCGCACCGCUGUCACACGUCAGGUUCUGGGUUUUCCAGAUUAUCAUGAUAUCCACCCCUUCGGUCAUGUACCUGGGCUAUGCCAUCCACAGGAUUGCCCGGUCGGCAGAGGAGGAGAAGAAAUUCAAGGGAUUCAAGAAGAAGAAGCAGUUUGCUUUGAACUGGCAGGCAGUGCGCAACAUGGAGGACCCCAUGGAGGCUGACGAAGAGGAGCCCAUGAUCUCUGACGAUACAGCAGAACAUGAGAAAGCCAAAGCCAAACCCAAGAGCAAAGAGCAACAAAAGCAUGACGGGAGGAGGCGCAUCCAGCAAGAAGGACUGAUGAAAAUUUAUGUCUUCCAGCUACUUACCAGAGCUUCGUUUGAAGUUUGCUUUUUGAUAGGGCAGUAUUUGCUCUAUGGUUUUGAGGUAGAAGCCUAUUAUGUCUGCAACAGAGUCCCUUGCCCUCACACUGUGGACUGUUUUGUGUCCCGACCAACAGAGAAGACCAUCUUUCUCCUGGUGAUGUAUGUCGUGAGCUGCCUGUGCUUAUUGCUGAACAUGUGUGAGAUGUUUCACUUAGGGUUUGGGACCAUCCGAGAUGCCAUUCGCAACCGGAAAAUCAACAGCUUUAGGCAGCCUCCCUACAACUAUGCCUACCCAAAGAACAUCUCCUGCCCUCCUGAGUACAACCUGGUAGUGAAAUCGGAGAAGUCCACCAAGAUCCCCAACAGCCUGAUGGCUCAUGAGCAGAACUUGGCUAACGUCGCCCAGGAGCAGCAGUGCACCAGCCCAGACGAGAACCUCCCGGCAGACUUGUCCACCCUUCACAAACACUUGCGAGUGGCCCAGGAGCAGUUAGACAUAGCGUUUCAGAGCUACAGCAGCACCCAGGGCAACACACAACCUUCUCGAACCAGCAGUCCUGCCUCGGGUGGCACAGUGGUAGAGCAGAACAGGGCCAACACCGCCCAGGAGAAACAAGGUGCUAAACCCAAGGCCUGUUUGGAGAAAGGGAGCUCAAGCAGUAAAGAUGGAAAGACGUCUGUAUGGAUAUAGCGUCAUCCAAAAGGAGAGAAGGCAGCGUAAGUGGGGUUUUUAUUUUGGUUUGUUUCUGUUUUUCGGUAUUGUCUUGCGUUCGUUUCACAGGGCACAGGCGCAAUUUUUAUAUGGAAGUCAAGAAAGUAACGGAGUUUCAGACCAAUUUAAUGCUGUCUUCCAGCGCAUUAACAAAAGACGUUUCUUCCCUGUUUCCAACAUGUUCUCCAGCUGGGAACCUCCGGUGAGCAAUAGCAAACCCCCUGCGUUUCCCACCACCACUGGAGCUCCCAGCAGAGACUGGACAACAUGCCAUGAUGGGAAGCGGAGCUCCUGGUGGCUCAGGAGAGAAGUCAGGCCAACAAUGAGCAGCUCCCCUCCUGCAUGGCGAGGCUAGAGUGCUGUAGGUCAGGCAGCAUUUAAUUACUAAAUAUCCUUAAUCAAAAUUAAUUUCUGAUCCCUUGAUAAAAGAAAACAACUGACGCACUGCAGGAACCUUCGUGACAUGCUUACAGCUGAUGUCCUGCCUGAAUUGCUAGAUGCUCUAGGAGGCAUCAUUCGAGCCACGAGCUGGGACCCACAUCAGGUUAUGGGGCAGAAACACAGCAACUCUCUUACACAGGGAGACCUAAAAGCAUAGCACGGUGCUGAUGGUUUUUGUCUUUUAUUCCUCUGCGUUGAAGCAAAAAGCAAAUACGAUUAAACACUACACAGCAGGAGCGAGCAGUGACAUUGCGUCGUACUGGUGCCUGUGUAGCGCUUGCUACAGAUGCGAUGGGAACGGCUGCAGUCACACUGUUUUUAACAAACUGCUGCUUCACAUCAUCAGAAAGUGCCUUCAUGCAACCAGGAAAACAAAAUUAUAAAGGGUUUGGACUUCUUUAUUUGCUGAAUUUUAGUAGAGAUUGGAAGAUCAGUGUUGGCAAAUUUGUUUUUCUGUUUAAUCAACACCCUUAUAAAUAGUGGCAGAUGGCAGAACUAUGCAUAGUGUGUAUAUGAUGUGUGUGUGUACAUGUACGUAUAUAUACAGACACAUAUGAACAUGUGUGUAUGAAUAUAGCCAUAGAGAGAAUAUAUAAACGUAAUAUCAACCCUCUGGUAAUUUUACAGCCUUCCACCUCUCCUGGGAAAACCCCACUGGUCCAGGACUAUGGCUGAUCUCAUCCUAGAGCAGUCUUUGGGCUUCCAGCUUCCAGCCUCCCCUGGGGAACUGGCAAGUGUCACCCAUUUGUCUGUGGGGCUUAGCAGGAGAUCUGGCUUCAGUGGAGGACAGGGCCAGGACAGCAGCAGGAAGUUUUUCACUAGUUUAUAGGGAGCUUUUUGAGCUUGGCUUGGUUUUAGAGUGGUUUUCAGGCAGCUACAGGAACUGGGAGCGUGUCAAAACCAAGCUGCUGAGCUCCAAGGUUCCUGCUAGUGCUGAGACCGUGCUUUGUCAGUGUGGUUUCAUACUGUGUCUCUUGCACAGCUGUGGGGCUGUGGCUUUUUACCCCUCCAGUAACACAAAACAGAAAGAAAACCUCAUCACUGGGGUCACAGGGAGCAUCUCCUACUGAAUCAUAGAAUCAUUUAGGUUGGUAGAGGCUGAAACCUCUCUGCCAGGUCUUAGAGCAGGUCUGAUCCCUGAGAUGCUCCCAAGAUGCCUGUGGCUUGGCAGAUGCUCUUGCAACCUCCCAAGAGUCCAACGGUUGAUUCACCACCAUGGAGAACCCAAAUAGGCAGAGCCUUCAGGAUCAAACCUAACGUGAAUGAAAUAAAUCCUCACUGAACACAGAGCUGUCCCUGCGCCGAGCUGUUCCCUCAGGGCCAUGCCAGACACCGAAAGUCACACGCAGGUCCCUGUGCCAGUAUUUUUUAUGCAUUGGAUCUAUGUGACUUCUUGCUGGGCAUCUUUCUCAUGUUCUUGAGACUGGUCCCUGAAAGCCUCGAGGAUGCCCGUUCUCCAGGUAGCCGGACCCUUUGGGCAGUCUGGGGAGCAGACAGAGAACUUCAGCUCUUCCAGACCUCGACUGAGCUGUGGCAUGCCAUUAGAGAACAGUGCUGACAGCAAAAAAGUAGACUUAAAAAGAAAUCAAAGAAAUAUCCUGGGAAGUAUCCAGCUUUAAAUACUCGCUAUGGCUUUGUGUAACAGUCUGGGGAACACUUUCAGGCUUAUUCCUGGACCUGCUGAAGGCAUCAGUAAAAUGCCUGGAGUGCUGCCUGCUCUCGCUGCUAGAGACCUUCCCCUUGAAAAUGGACAACUGCAUCCAGGAGGAGGAUCGGUUCAUCCCCCCCACCAGCAAUGGUCAGGAGUAACACACAUCUGUCGUGUGGGGGGACAGCCUUUCUGCCGUGAAUUUUGAAUGACAGGCUCAGAUAGUUCACACCACGGUGGUGGGGAGACAAACAUAUCCAACCGUGCUGUUGGUCCUUCUCCUGCGCGUGGGAAGGCUCUCCUCUUGGGCUGUGCUGCACCAGGCAAUGCAGGAGAGGCUGGUUGCUGUCGCUGCUAUUACCAUAAAGAUAAACACAUGCAGGUCCACAGCCCAGGGCUGCCGGGGAGGAAAGCAGAGGUGCUGCUGGGUGGAAAUUUGCUCCCUAGUAAUUACAGCUGUUCAGGGCACAAGCCCGUCCUCCAUAUUGAUGUGACUUCUCACUUACGGCCAGCCCUGCGUUCCAUGGGAAACUGCGUGUAUUUAAAGUCACGAUCCCAAGGGAAGGAUGGAAACUCUGAGGAGAGCGAUGGUUGGAUUCUGUCUGGGUUUUUCUGAUUCCUUUGAGAUGAGCAGCAAUAUCACAGCCCCAGAUAAACUCAUCCUUCUCACGCAAUGCCGGAAGGCACUGUGCUGUGCAGGAGUCCGGAUUUUGGAUUUCUUCUGCCCAUACCAGCGAUACCUCCCUCAGCCCCAGACACGGCUUGAGCAUUUCCUGAUGACUCAGACUGGCCCCUCGGCUCCUGCUGACCUGCAGAUUCACAAGCGAGUCACCAAACGCAGGGAUGGGCAUGUGCCUCCCUUGUUCUUGCUUCAGGAAACCAUCCUGGCCUCACCAUGGGGAAGAGGGGUGGGGGGUAGAUUUUAAGCCAGAAACCCCAGAACAUGAUCACAGGGAACUGAUUGAAUCAUUAAACCCAUUUUAUACAGCAGGGCUAUACCCACUUCCCCAACAAUAUAGCUGGUCAGUGCCUGACAAGAGGAGAUCCCUGGGCACCAUACUUGCAGGUUCAGAGACACUUAAGAGCAACAGGGCUGGAAAGGACCAUGGAUCUUCUCCCGAACUUGCCACCAUCAAAUGCUUCCUUAAUGGCUAACAUGAACCCCCCUCACUGCAACCCCUAGUGUCUCCUCUCCUCAGCAGCCAUGGAGAACAUCUCAUGCCUUUAACGGCUGCAGAAGCUUUUGAGUGUUUGAAGUCUGUUUUCAUCCUCCUCCAGUCUGCUUUAAGCUAAACAACUCUGGUCUCAUCAACCUUUCUCCAAGGGCUGCUUUUCUAGCAUGGUUUUCCUUGGUGUCUUUGAACCACCACCACCACCCAGUCCAUGCCUUCCCAGCAGUGUGGCAGUGAUGGUCCUCAGGCCACCUUCCCACUCUGCUGCUCUUCACGUGCUCAUCUGCCACCCUGGUCCUCCCCAAAACCCCAUCUUCUGCAGGCAUGGGAACUGCUCCCCUCCUCAGACGUGUGCUUGUACAGUUGGGAUCUUCCUGUCCGCCAUCAAACUGCCUUUUUAUUUUCACACCACAGACCCAGUGCACCAAGGGAGAUUUGAAUGAUCUGUCUGUCCUGCAGCAGAUUCGCAGCCUCCUCCCGGCUGGUGUCACCAUCACAUUUAAUACGCACACACUGUUUUCCACAGUGAGAGUCAAUAAUUGCAAUAUUGACAAGGACUAGAGCCAGGGCAGACUCUCGGGUGAUCAAUACAACCUCCUCGUUGGGCAGAGAGACAGGGUAACCGCUCUCUCAGCCGUUCUUCCAGCCAGCCCCGCUCAUCUAUCAGGCUUGAAACAAUUCCUUGCAUAAAAUGCUUUGGGAGUGGGAGCUGAUCUUCCUUUCUCAUGUUUCCCAAGCGUUUUGACAAGGACAGAAGCACAAGGGCACAUUCCCAGCAGGAUUUCUCUGGUGUCAUGGGUUGCCUGGAUGAGAUGCAAAAUUGCCUGCAAGGUCCCAGCCAGCCCGGAGGACACCACUGACUCCUCUGACCCUGGGGAGGAGGGACCCCAGUUCUCCCAGAUCCCAUCUGAGCCACACACGGGAGCCAGCUUGAGUCAGACAGCCCUAGAAAUAUAAGGAAUUAUUAUUAUGAUGAUGUAUACUGAGUUGCUCACUUCCCCCCUUCCUCCUCCACUCCUUGGCCUCUAAAGCCUUUAGAAUAUUGUGUAUUUCCACCAAGUCACUGCCACAAAGGCAACAGACAUGCAUUAAUGCCUCUGCAGAAACAACUCCUUUCAGGGCAAGAGCAAAAAUACCUCCUUUAUGAUGUCAGUUUGGGAAGGAAAAGGAUAGAGAGGCAAAAUAAGCAUAACCAUAAGCAAAACCCCCAUCACAACAUUACAAACUAAACCAGCGGCUCGAGGAAUUUCAAUUAGACGACAGGCAGUUGGCCACAGAAGAAACACUAGUAGUAUAAUUAAUGCUUUGCUUUUUUUUUUUUUUUUUUACAAGUUAGCAGUUUUGUUCACACACAAGACGGGUUUGGCUCUGUAGCUGAACUAAUCGUAAAUGUUGACUCUCUCGCUAAACUUGGUCGGAUAAAGUGCCCACACUUAUAUUUCUAUUCUUACCAUUCAGGGCCAGGAAUGUCCCACGUAAAAGCCAGAUUACCUUGUUGCUUGCAUUGCAUUCCACUGGGAAAUACUUGAACUUAACUCAAGGCCAUAACUAGUCUGUGCUGUUACGAAGUUUCUGGGAUUGUUAUUUUUUUUUUUUUUUGUCGUUCAUUUUUUUAUGUACUAACUGUAUUUGUACUAGAAAUUUUUUGAGUAUGAGGUUGAAUCUGUAAGUAUUUUUCAGUGUAAAUGUUACAUCUGGACUGUAGUUACAACAUUAAACACUGGUCAAAAGAGAAAGAUACAUCAGCCCAACUCUUCAACUGGCUAUUCCACAUCCAUUACUAAUAAAAAGGAAUAAAACUUAC